CUGGUGCUGCUACAGCUGGUGCUGGCCCUCUUUCACUGUGAGGAUCAGGGUGUCCGGCACGGGGACAUCAAGGCCCAAAACCUCCUCAUCCAAACAGACAGUCUACAGGUUAAGCUGAUAGACUUUGGAUGUGGAGGUUUUCUGAAAGGUAGCCUCGAUCCAGAGUACUUGGGAGCAGCUGUGAAUGAGUCCCGGGCCAGAUUUCUGCGGGAUUUCAAUUCCACCUACACCACCAUGGCUAUCGGAGAAAUGCUCUUCCGCCUGGUGUGUGGAUCGGCACCAUCUUGCAGCCAGGAAACCGAAUCUCUGCGUUUCCCCAGAGAAGUCUCAGAAGAAUUUCGGGAUCUAAUGGACUGGUGCCUAGAGGAACAUCACAGCAAUCGUCCAACCUUGGAGCACAUUGCAUGUCAUCCUUGGCUCCAGAAAUGUUGAGAGUCGGUCUUAGACAAGACCGAGGUAAUAAUAAACUCUUCACUUUGUCAUAUUGCCGGCGGGCCCCAAAGCAAAAUGCACAGUAUAAAAGCCAUUCUGGAACAGACCUGAUGGAAGUACACAGAGACUUCUACCUACCUCAUAUCUUUUACAAUACAGAACUUCUCUGUGUCUUUUAUCGGUACCAAUGCUGGAAAAUAAAAUGGGUUGAACAGGGGUUCAAGGUCUUAUUUCUAACACCCAAACAUCUCAGAUUUUUCAUAAUAAAUUUUUCUAUUUACAUUGAUCUACAUUAAACGGCCCUGCCUCUACUAAAACACUCAUUUACAUAGUAUUUUUUGUUCUCUGUCAGUGCAUCAUAUUUUAUCUUUUACAGGUGUAUCUUGAAGAGCAGAGCUAACAGCCCCCGGAGACAUUCUCAGCUGUACAGCACAUAAUAUCAGCCCAUGUUUAUAUCCCCAAAUGCUAUCAGUUAAUAAAUGUGUUGUCUGCA